AUGGCGAAGAAGCAGCAUACCACCAGCUCGACCAAAAGGUUUGCAUAUACCUCCUUCAGGGACAGGGUCGAGUCUAUCGAUGUGGGAGUGGCCUUACGAACUGGCUCAAGAGUGAUAGAUAGCGAUGCAGGCUCCUAUUUCUUGACCUCUUUGGCGCAUUGGCAAGAGGUUAAUAUGGCCAAAGAUUUUACCAAGUUGUCGGAAGACAUCGAAGAAUACACAGCAUCUUACACAGUUUUGAUAUACUACCAGAAGGAUGUGUUCAAGGCUCUCCUGCAAAGCAUAUCUGAGUGCGAUACUCUGUCACUAGAACCAGAGCUCGAACUGCUUUCGCAGUUUUGUCAUGAUCUGGGUCCAGACUUUAUGCCCUAUUUUGAUCAAAGCAUUGAAAGACUGGUUGAAAUAGCAUUGCGGGGCUUGGACUCGAAUUGCUUGGAGUGGAUCUUCAACUGCAUAGCUUUCAUCUUCAAAUAUCUCUCGAGGGAACUCAAGACUGACAUUGUCCGAUGUUACAAAGCUCUGAUGCCAUUGCUAGAUCAAGGAUCCAAAGACUUUCUGGGAAGAUUCUCCGCACAAGCUCUCUCUUUUUUAGUGCGGAAGGCGCCGAGUUCAUCUUUAAAAGAGUUCGUCCACCAAGCUUUUCAGGAACUUUCAAACACUAAGUCAGAGUUUUUUGCGCGAAGUCUAAACGUUAUUUUUGAGGAGUCUCUCAAGGGAGCUUCUGGAAACUUGUUUUCCAAAGCAAAAACAAUCAUCCACGCACUGAUAUGGUGUGAAGAUGUUCAUCAUGGUCUGGGACCCGCAGUCGCAUCGAGCAUAUUCAUAGGUACAGUUGAACACAUCGAAGUUGAAGAGGCAUUCACAGUUUUUCAUGAGGCAAUUAUCGGCGAAAUUUCUAGCCUUGUUGAUUCCCCAAAUUUCUCAGAGCCCCAGUUCGUUUUGCAAGUCGCUUCAUCACUUGCAUUUGCACAGAGUGGAAGGAAAGUUCCAGACUGGGCUCCGUUGUUCGAUAUAUGUACGAAAGUGAUCGAAAAGUCAGGAAAAUCAAUCAUUGCCGACAACCAGGCAAGUAAGUUGCUUGGAUACUAUAUUGUGGUUCUCACCAGAAACUCCGAUGUUGUAUUGCUGAAUUCUCGCUUGCCCAAGAUCUUGGACCAGAUCUUGAGUCUGGGCAAUCUCAAAGCAUUCCUUGGACUAGUAGAUUCCUGUCUUUUCAUUGCCUACGAUAAGUCCUCUGUUCUCUGUGAGAAAUUCUUACAACGAAUUUUACGUGAUUUCUGGCAAGAAGCAGAGGUUGAGAUCUCAUACUUGUUGAUAUCGUUGCACGGAAGAGAUCUGAUAUGCUGGGGUGACUCAGCAUCAGGUAAGAUAUCGUUGAGCUUGCCAAAGGAGAUGAUUGAUAAAUUCUAUUCCGCAGUUGAAACAUUGGAUCUUACUUCUGAAGAACAGAUAUUGGAAUUAUAUUGGAGGCUGAGUGUGAUUUCAUUUACCCCACAGAAAGAGAAGGCUCGCUUGGUAUUGAAGCUGAUCAUAAAGAUAUUUGCAUGUCCUCCCAGCAUUAUUUCCAGAAAAGCGCUAGGAGCUGCGUUUUACUCCAUCUGGCUGUCCUCAUUGAAUGAGAAUGAUUUAAACGAGCUUUUGCUCGUAGCAAUGGACUCGGAUGCUCUGUUCUGGACAAGUGAUUCUAUGUUGAAGGGCUUUACACAGUGUCUUCGCUCUUCGAAGGAUAGUGAUCAUCUCUUGCGUCCAUUUCAAAACAAUGAAAAUGCCAUCAUUGAGCGCCUGACAAAGAAUCUUGCCCAUUACUCACAUGACGUCAGAUUGUCAUCUCUUGAUUUACUCAUUGUUCUCCAAACAAUUCUUGGGAAGACCGUUCCUCGCACCAUAAUCCAAUGUCAGAUGAUUGAGCUUCUUCCAUUAACGCUUCAAACAGAAAGGGAGAUUGGAUCUCGGUAUCGUCAACUCGGUCCCAUAUACUCUUCUGAAAACAAAGAUGCCUUGGUUAGAAGCGUUCUGGCGCAUUUCCUCGUUGGUCAAAUGUGCGUGAAAUUUCGCCCAACAUGGGAUGCGGCUCUUGAGCUAUUUCCACAGGCUAUUUCGUCCAACUUUGAACUUUGCUGGACUCUCAUAUUUAGCAUGAUUGACGGCUCAUUUUUGCCUGAAUCUGAUGUCGAGACCACAGAUUCUUUCUCUGCUUUUGCCGAGGAAACUGAGUCAAUUUCGCAUAUGUUCAUGGAACAACGUAUCAACUCCAGUUUCUUCAACUUUGUGAAUCUGUUUUUGGUGUACAACAAAAUCAACGUUGCUCUUAACAAUGAGCUAAGAAAAGAUGUUCUUGGAAUUGACUCCAAGUACAUCCAAUCUCAGGGAUUAAAAGUCCUGCAUCGUUCCCCACAGUUGGCUGAGAAACACUUCACACACGUUGUUCCAUUUAUUCUAGCACCAGAUGGACAAGGAGCUGGUCAUGAAAUCACAAAUGAUCUCAUCAGACUGCUUCCAAAGUUUAACAACCUUCCGGUGGUGGCCAGAGCCGAUGAGCUAUACCAGUUCAUGCUGACCUUACUUACCAAUAAGUUUGCAGACUCUCAGAAAAUGGCACUGGAUGCACUAUUGAACUGGAAGAUACCAACCCUCUCAAAGUAUAAGGACAACCUGAAAAACCUUCUUGAUGAGUCCAUAUUCAGAGACGAAAUUGCUAAGCUUUUUUCCAAGUCGGAGAAUGUUCUUGAGGAAGACGACAAAAAGAUCGUGAUUCCACUGGUGCUUAGAAUUUUGUUUGGAAAAAUGCAAUCCGGUCACAAUGUGGCUGCCAAACACAGCAGAAGGUCAACUGCUGUUGGAGUUCUCAUGUCCAUUGACGAGGAGUAUGUUAGACAGUUUUUGGACUUUGGAAGUGAAAGAAUUGAUCCAGGCUCUUUCAUGACUGACCAGGAUGUGGACGUCUCGACUAUAACUGAACGAGAACUCAAUAAGCAAAAGGGAUUCUUGGGAUUUUUGAAGGAAGUCACAAGCUCUCUGGGAUCAAGAAAGGGCCAUUUAUUUGCCGAUAUGGUUGAGCCUUUGGUCUUCAGUAUGCUCGUUGCUCAAAAGAUUUUGGACUCUCCAGAAUCAUCUUCUACCGAUAGUCUUCAAAAGGUUGCCCAAAUCAACAGACAGACGGGAUUUGUGUGUCUCAAUGAGAUGAUGGAGCUACUGGUGACGUUUGACUGGAGUCCAUACGUCUCUUUGAUAUACCACAAAAUCAUAGCUCCAAGGUUGGACAAGUUCAGUGACGAAAAUGCCCAGCAGCCGAGUAGCAUGCUGAAAUUGCUGUGUCUAUGGUGCAAACCACAGUUUCGUGAUUUCCUCUUUGAAGGAGAUCAUGGAUGUGUUUUGGCAUUGCUGGAGUUGAUGGCUAACGUUCAUGCCAAACCGGCUGUCAUAGUGUUCUGCUUAAACUUCUUCAUUUCAAUAAUCUCAGAAAAGACUGUUGAGACAGAAUUUCUGGAUGUUCUUGCUCAAAGUAUUGCCGGACUAUUGAACGUACUGCCUCAACUAACUGCCCGUUCCACUUCAUCUGAUGUUAGCCAACUUAUAGUUAACUUGAUUUCGAUACUGACAUCCAAGGGCUUUGUGGAUGAGGCCGACGAACGCAAAGUGAUUGCCCAGAUAUUGAACGAGGCUCUGGCAAAGAACCACAAUGAACUGGAACUUUCAUCGAGAAUCCUGGCUUUGCAGACUUACUCUUCAUUGCUGUCUGAUCUGAGUCUGUCGUUGAAUGAGGUCCAACCUCUAUAUGAGUUCAGUUCAAAAGCUUUGAGGAAUUGUGCUUCAAAUGAGAUGAGAAACGAGAUUGUCAACUUACUUGUGAGCAUUGGAAACAGAUUCCAAGAAUUCGAGAAUGCUGCCACAUUGGCAGCCGACCUAAAUUCUUUUUCUGGAAACCAAUUCAAGGAAUUGGAUCUGGGAAGAAGAGUUAAUGCUUUUGCGGUUGUUAAUGACGUUCAAUAUCAAAGCCUCUCAUUUUUGGAGUGGUUGCCGAUUGUCGAGACAUCCAUGUACUAUAUCAAUAACGAGGAAGAGUUCUCGAUCAGAACUUGCUCUCAACUUUGUCUUUCCAGAUUUAUUGACGCUGCCGUUCUCUGUCAGUCUGAUGAACAAAUUCCACUGUAUAUAUCUUACAUCAAAACGGCUCUGCUGCCUGGUGUCAAGUCUGGUCUUAAGAAGAAGCUGGAAUCGGUGCAAACCGAAUAUCUCAAAGUGCUCCAACAUAUUGUUGAAAGUUCCCAAAAACGUGAAUUGGUGCCUGGUUUCACCGAUCUUCAGUUUUUGCUGUUUAACGGAGACGAAGAGGCUGAUUUCUUUGCCAAUGUUAACCACAUUCAACUCCAUCGUCGUCAAAGAGCUCUGUGGAGGUUGAGGGAAAAUGCCUCGAAAUUCACCAGUUCUAGUAUCGUCAACUAUCUGCUUCCUAUUGCUGAAAGAUAUGCAUUGUCAAAGGAGGAAAAGUUCGGUGGAAUCUCUGCUUCUGCUGUUGAAGCCAUUGGUGCCUUGAUGAAGUAUGUGGAAUGGGGCCAGUGGAAAAUGGUCAUGAAGAAGUAUACCUUCAUGCUCAAUCACCAAACCAAAGAUCUCGCCAGCAAGGACUCUCUGCUGAAAAAUGCCAUUUCUCUGGUUGUGUGUUUAUGUCAAUCGCUCAGAUUCAGAGUUUCGGCCAAUGAGACGAAUAGCCAAAUCCACCUUGUUCUUCCAGAUCAGAAAUCUUUGAACUCCUACAUCUUGAACUCGUUGUUUCCUCCGUUGAGAAAGGUUCUUGCUCUACGAGAUGAGAAUACUUCGUCGCAGAGAAUCGCGCUUUCAGAAGGUAUGGUGAGUCUUGCAGUGUGUCUGGACGAGGAGUCUCUUAACACUGAAUUGCCCGGAAUCUUAACCAACGUGUGCCAGGUCUUAAGAGCAAGGUCUGAUGAACUUCGUGAUAAUACCAGAAAGCAUUUGGGAAAUUGUGCUUUGAUAUUGGGACCCAAGUACAUGAAGUUUAUCAUCAAAGAGCUGAAAGGUGCAUUGACCAGAGGACCUCAGGUCCACAUUCUCAGUUUCACAGCUCAUUUUUUGCUGGUAAAAAUGGAGGACCAACUAUCUUCUGGGGAUCUGAGUGAUUCUGUCGAACUUUUAGCCGAUAUUAUAAUGGAGGACAUUUUUGGAACCGCAGGUCAAGAAAAGGAUGCUGAUGGUUACAGAAGCAAGAUGAAGGAAACGAGAUUCAACAAAAGUUAUGACACGGCUGAAAUUCUUGCUGGUAAGGUAUACUUGAAAGAUUUCAACGCUUUGCUUGCUCCUGUAAAAUUGUUGAUGAUGGAAAAACUUAGCAAGAAGACUCAAAUCAGUCUCACCGAGCUGAUGAGAAGGUAUUCAGUUGGUCUUAUCUCCAACUCUGCAAGUGGUUCAUUGGAUGCCUUUGCAUUCUGCUUUGAACUCAUGCAAGAGGAUGGAGUUUCAUUUGCAGAACAGUCAGCUAAAAAAGAUUUGGUUGCUGAUCAUUUCCGCGUGAAAUUAGACAGAAAGGCCAAUGAGAAAGCAAAAGAGGAUGGUUCUGCAUUUACCCUUCUUCUACACAGAUUUGCUCUGGAAUAUGUCAGAGGUAUAAUAUCGAGAAAUCAAGAGUUGAUGCAGACUCAAAAUUUGGAACCUUUUGUUCCUAGACUGGAGCAAUUUCUGGAAAGUGAUGAUGAGUCAAUCAUCUGCUUAUCGUUCAGGGUUCUCUCUCUUAUCAUCAGAUUACCUUUCUCAAAAGAAGUUGUCACUUUAUUCAAGUCAGCUUCUAGAGAUGCCAUGAAGAUCAUCAAAGAAAGUCUUUCUACCAACACUGAAAUGUGUCAACAGGCCCUCAGAUAUAUUUCAACUGUUCUUCGUCAGCGUCCAGAAAUCGAGUUCAAGACCUCUUCAUUGUCGUUCGUUCUGAAAAAGGUUGUUCCUGAUCUAGACGAAAAGAGCAAGCAAUCGGCUGCCUUUGGUCUACUUAGAGCUUUGCUCUCGCGUCAUGUUAUGCUCCCGGAGAUUUACGAUAUCAUGGAUAAGGUGUCUGAGAUCAUGAUCACCAAUCACUCAGAUAUCGUCAGAGAGUCUGCAAGAAGCUCAUUCCUGACAUUUUUGAUGGAGUACGAUCAAGGUAAGGGCAGAUUGGCCAAUAGUCUGAAGACAUUGAUCAAGAAUUUAAAUUAUCCUACGCCCGAAGGUAAACAGUCGGUCAUGGAGAUUAUGAAUCAACUUUUGAGCAAGUCUGGUGAGAAUCUCGUCAAAGGCUUAUCUUCGUCGUUUUUCCUUCCUCUAUGUAUCGUUGCUGUGACUGACAACUCUGCUUCUUGUAGAGAGAUGGCCACAACCCUGAUCACCCUCAUUAUCCAAAGGCUAGGACCUGGAGAAUGCAGUUUCAUAGAGAGCUGUGCGACUACCUGGUUGACUCAGACGAAAAACGAGAGUCUCACCAGAUGUGGACUGUUGGUGUUUAGAUUGCUGUUUGCCGAGACUGGCCUGGAAGACAACUCUGAACUGCGGACUCUUGGGUUCAAGUUCAUUGCCAAUGUUAUCCAAAAAGCUGGAGAUUCGGACCAGGACACCAAUCAAGAGGAUAGUUGGGAAUUGGUGUAUUCUGUGCUGACGUCUUUCAGCGAGAUUGUUAAGUCAGAACACUCGUUUCCUCAGAAAGACCUCUGGCCAUUGAUAAUGGGGACUCUUCUUUUCCCUCAUGGAUGGGUGCGUUUAGUCUCAGUCAAGCUUCUGAGAGACUUCUUUGCCGGUAAUCCAGAACAGGACGUCUUCAAAGCCAAGGAAUUACAGAGUAUUGGAUCUCGAGUGUUUCGCCAAUUUGGUGCCAACUCCAUAACCGAAGAUUUGGCCAACCAGGCAAUGGCAUUGUUGCUGAUACUGUUCAAAAAUUUCAGUGAAAAAAGCACUGUAAUGGUUAACGAUCAGGAUUCCGAGGCCGAGACUGGAGCCUCCAAACUAGCCACUAACUGGAUGACCGAAAGAGCUGCUCUGAUCAUCAGAUUGGAGAACUCGUCUCAAAGGGCAAAACAACAGAUGAUCAAGUUUGUUCAGUUCUCGCUGGAACUGGCAGAUGUUGAGAGUGCAGAAGAAGUUGCAGAAACGAUCAUUUUGGCUCUCUUCAGUAUUACCGAGCCAGUCGCAGAGGUCUUCGAUGAGGACAUGAAAAAUGCAGGAUUGGAGUGUCUGGACUCGCUCUCGAAGAAGCUGGGUGUCCAGAAAUAUCAAGGAAUAUUCCUCAAUGCUAAAAAGCUUGUGGAUGAGAGAAGAAUGCAGAGAAAGUCCAAGAGAGCCCAGAUGGCUAUCAGCAUGCCAGACGUGGCUUCCAGAAGGAAGCUCAAGAAGCAUGCCAACUACAGAGAAAAGAGAAAACAUGAGAAGGAUGAGAAUGGGUUCUACCAUAAAAGAAAACGUGUAUAA